AUGGCACCUAGACUCCCUCCUCCACCCCAACCUAACGAACCUGAUGCGUCCAACAACGCUAGGUUGUUGGAGACAGUGAUAGACCGCUUACAGCAGCAGAACACGACGCUGCUGGAACAAAAUGCCACUCUAAUGCAGCAGAAUCAGAGUGCCAUGCAGAGUUUGGAGGCUUCACGUGCCAACUCGGAAACCACACAGAGGCAGCUAAUGGAGAUCUUAGCAGCGACUAGGCAGCAUUCAGGGGCGUCUUCUUCCAACGCUGCCCCGCCUACUGCCGAAUGGAGCUUGGAGAGUUUCCUCCAACACCAUCCUGCUAAAUUCAAUGGGAAGGGUCUCCCAGACGAAGCGGAUCAGUGGUUGAGGGAUAUAGAGAAGAUCUUCAAUGCUAAACGAUGCCCUGAUGAAAACAGAUUAGCGUAUGUUGAGUAUUUACUGACUGGAGAGGCGAGCCAUUGGUGGUCGAGCACUAGGGCUAUUCUUACGGACGCACAACAACCGAUCACCUGGGAAGUAUUUAGAAACAAAUUUUAUGAGGAAUACUUCCCUGACAGCGUGCGGUUUGCAAAGGAGGUGGAAUUCCUGCAAUUGGUUCAAGGAAAUAUGUCCGUCUCGGAGUACACCAAUAGAUUCAAACAUCUCGUCAGAUUCAAUACUAUGGCCACAAGUGAAGUGUGGCAGUGUAGAAAAUUUGAGAACGGAUUGAGGAGUGAUCUCAAGGUUUUGAUUUCCAGUCUAUGUAUUCGGACGUUCCCAGCCAUGGUUGAGAGGGCUAAGAUACUUGAGAAAAAUAUGGCUGAGGCGGAACAACAUAAGAAACAACAGGCGUCGAGAGGACCAGUUACGUCGAGACCUAAUGUGAAUCGGAACAGGACCCCAUACGCUCGUCCAGCCCAGUCGAGUGGUUCACAAGCUAUGGUAGUUGCUGGACAAGCCAAUCAACAAGGGCCGGUCAGAUGUUUUCAGUGCGGAGGACCCCAUUUCAGAUCUUCAUGCCCUCAAUUGAUUGGAGUGAAAUAUUGCACUCGUUGUAGAAGAAAUGGUCACCUGGAGAACGAGUGUAAUAUGGGCGGUCGUGCAGUGAUGAGGCCGCCGAAUGCUGGGAGGACUCAGCAAGGAAGAGGAGGAAGAGCCCAAGCUGUGGGGCGAGUAUAUGCGAUCACUGGUGCAGAAGCAGCGAGCUCAGGUACGCUCGUCACUGGUACCUGCUUAGUUCAUGGAAUUCCUUGCUGUGUGUUGUAUGAUUUGGGGGCAACACACUCCUUCAUCUCGAAGGCGUGCGUUGAUAAGUUGGGAUUAACCGAGAGUGAGAUGCAGUUCGACUUGGACUUAGAAGUGAUUCUGGGAAUGGAUUGGCUGAAUACCAAUCGCAUCCUCAUAGAUUGUGGGGCUAAGGAGUUGAUUUUUCCUGAGGAAUGUGAAGAAGAGUUAGGAGUGACGCUCAGUCAAAUUAAAGAAGAUAUAAUGGAAGGCGCCAGUUGCUUCUUGAUCAUGACGCAUGAAGACCGAGAAUUGGCGGAUAAGAGUGGUGAACGUUCGUUCAAUAAGUACGCUGAAGGACGAACGGUUGUGGACGAAUUCUCGGACGUUUUCCCGGAUGAAGUGCCUGGAUUGCCUCCUGUUCGUGAAGUUGAAUUUACCAUAGAUUUGGUAACUACUGCGGCCCCUAUAUCCGUUCAACCGUAUAGAAUGGCACCCGCUGAAUUGGUGGAGCUUAAAAAGCAAAUAGAAGAGUUGAUGGACAAGAGGUUCAUCCGUCCAAGCGUGUCACCUUGGGGAGCGCCCGUGUUAUUGGUGAAGAAGAAGGAUGGCAGCUCUCGGCUUUGUAUUGAUUACCGUCAGUUGAAUAAGCUGACCAUCAAGAAUAAAUACCCACUGCCUCGCAUUGACGAUCUACUGGACCAGUUGCAUGGAGCGAGCGUUUUCUCUAAGAUAGACUUGAGAUCAGGCUAUCACCAGAUUUGGGUCAAGGAAGGAGACAUUCAGAAGACCGCCUUCCGUUCACGUUAUGGACAUUAUGAGUACGUGGUCAUGCCGUUCGGUGUGACGAACGCUCCAGCAGUCUUCAUGGACUACAUGAACCGUAUAUUCAGGCCGUAUUUGGACAAAUUCGUGGUGGUGUUUAUUGAUGAUAUUCUCAUCUACUCCAAGAGUUGUGAAGAGCAUGAGGAACACUUAAGGGUGGUACUUGGAGUGUUGAGAGAAAAGGAGUUGUACGCUAAGUUGUCUAAGUGCGAAUUCUGGAUGAAAGAAGUGCAAUUUUUGGGUCACGUCGUGUCCGCUGGUGGAAUUUCAGUUGAUCCGGCUAAGGUGCGAGCGGUCUUGGAUUGGGAGAGCCCUCAUUCGGUAUCAGAAGUGCGAAUCCAGCUUCCAAGGGUUGAAGCAGAAGCUGACGAGCGCUCCAGUAUUAGUAAUUCCGGACACUGCCAAACCUUUUGA